CAUGCAGCGGGGGAGCCUGUUCCUGCUGGCGGAGAUCCUCACCCUCUGGGCCGGGCUGCAGCCUGCGUCUGGGCAGGUCUCUCCAGACAUCUGCAAGCUCCCGAAGGAAGCCGGCCCCUGCGAGAUGUACAUCCUUCGCUUCUACUAUGACUUAGCCACCAGGACUUGCAGACCUUUCGUUUAUGGGGGCUGUAAGGGCAAUGAAAACAACUUUGUGUCCUUCCUGGCCUGCCUGGCGACAUGCAAGAUACCCGACAUCUGCAGGCUCCCCGCGGACCCUGGCCCCUGCAAGGCGUACAUCACUCGCUACUACUAUGACGUGGCCACCAGGACCUGCAAGCCUUUCGUUUAUGGCGGCUGCGAGGGCAAUGAGAACAACUUUGGGUCCUCCCUGAUCUGCCAGUUGACGUGCAAGAUCAUCGGGCAACUCCGAGAGUGACCCCGUGCAGGAGCCGGGCCUGCAGGUCCCAGACUCCCCCGUGGACCCAGCCUGUGGCUCCAGACACCGAUGGGACACAUGACCCCAGCACCGGGGUCUGCUUCCCGCACCCCCGAUGGCAGCUCCAGCCUCCAUGCAAUAAAG